CACGACCAUCAUGCUGCCACACAUACUCCUCGCUCUCUUGUUUCUCGCUAGCUCUUCGUCGGCUGCGCCUUCGACGAGUGGUGCCAUCCACAUCCCUAUUACUAGACGCUCACAUAAUCCUGCGAAACGAUCUGCCGAAGACAACAUCGACCGUUUAUCCCGCGCAGCAGACUUCAUUCGUAAUAGAUAUGGCUACUCGAGUCCGAGUACGACUGUUCAACGCCGACAAAGUAGUGCGGCGAUCCCAAUCACCAACCAGGGUUCUGACACCAGCUACUUCGGCGUAGUCAACAUUGGUACACCAUCACAAAGCUUCGAUGUCGUCCUCGACACUGGCUCGUCAGACCUUUGGGUAGCAGCAAACAAUUGUCAAUCAUGCCCUUCAGGCACGCCUGAAUUCGACCCGUCGAAGUCAACCUCGUUGCAGUCGUCAACCACGAACUUAGAGCUUCAUUACGGCUCCGGUGCAGUGGCAGGAACUUUGGCAGCAGAUACUGUCUCAAUGGGUCCGUACACAAUCCAACAACAGACUUUUGUGGUUGUGGAUCAGAUUACUAGUGGUCUUAUCGAUGGCUCCCUGGCUGGCAUUAUGGGCCUCGCGUUCGAGUCGAUCUCCAACACCCAGGCCACUCCAUUUUGGCAAGCUCUGCUUAACAACAAUCAAUUCCAGAGCCCAGAGAUGUCGUUCUGGAUCACCCGAUUCCUCAACGACGCCAGUGCGACUGACGAGGAGCCUGGAGGCGUUCUCACUCUUGGUGGCACCAACUCAACUCUCUUCACAGGCGAUAUCGAUUUCCAGAACUUCCCCAGUGGAACUCAAGCUUCAUUCUGGUUGCAAACUGUUACAGCUGUCACUGUGAACGGCAAAUCUGUGACCAUCCCUACUGGUAACUCGGCUCUUGCUGCCAUCGACACGGGGACAACCCUCAUCGGUGGACCCAGCGCGGCUGUCGCAAGUAUCUGGGCCGCGGUCCCUGGUUCUAGGGCGCUCACCGGUCAAAUGGCAGGGUUCUUCGGAUUCCCUUGCACUACUAAUGUAGAAAUUUCUAUGUCUUUCGGAGGAAAGUCGUGGCCAAUCAGCAUCAACGAUAUGAACCUUGGCACGGUUGGUAGCGGCCUGUGCGCUGGUGGCAUCUUCGACAUCUCACAAGGAACCGACAUCACCACUGGGAGCGGAACCCCCAACUGGAUCGUUGGUGACACCUUCCUGAAAAACGUCUACUCCGUUUUCCGCGCGAACCCACCCUCAGUUGGAUUCGCAGAGCUCUCAAAUGCCGCCGGAGGCUCAUCAGGCACUCCCGGUUCUGCCACUGGCUCAGCUACAAUCACUGGUACAUCAAACCCCUUGCCUUCGGUCAGCAGUUCUGCGGCAUCAGCUGCACAUGCUGGCUCCGGAACCGCUAUCAUGGCCAUCGGUCUCUCGCUACUCGUCAGUCUCUUCACAGGCCGUUUCCUCCUAGGCUCUUCAUAGGGGCAGCAGUGACUCGGUGGCAAAGGGUUAGAUUACGGGAUUUACCUUUUCUCGAUGUUGCAUGAACGGAUUGCUUAUCCCACAAAUGCAGCAUCUGUUUCAAUUGUUAAUUGACAUACAUGCAGCGUUUGUUGUAUUAUUUCUGCGUGGAUUUACUUGCUGACGAUCACUUUACACAUGUACCGAAGGACUGACGGACGUACUAUGGUCUGCAUAUGUUCUUGAACAUUGUCAGCAUACCUGCAGAUUCCCUUGUCUUCGUAUUGUAAUUAUUGCAUCACACUCUUUGUCUUGUGCUUG